AUGGAGGAGGGAAACAGACACGUGGACUCGAACGAUAAGGAGACCUUCGAAAUGCACACAGGAAUGGAAAGUCAAAUGAAGAAGAAAGUAUUCUACAUUGUGCAAGAAGUGCCCUACGCAGAUUUUUACAACUUUGAUUAUGAGCCAAUUGACAAAUUUAGGGAAUCAAAAGAGACUCAGUGCAUCGACGGGGACACAUCAGGAGCGGCAUCGUCAUCAUCAUCAUGUUCUGAGCUUCCAGAUGGUAGCACCGGAAAGACGGCCCGUGAAAGCCGCUUCUUCGCAGGCCAUCAACAGAGGAGUAAUGCAGAAGAGGAGGAACAAAAACGCAAGUGUGUAGAGUCGUACGAUGGAGGAAAAAACCCCAAUGGGGUGCCUCCCCCAGGUGGAGCCCCUCGAAAGAGCCAGUUGAGUGAAGAAUAUCCCCUCGCGAAUAAGGCGGCCAGUACACAAACCCAUCGGAAAAGAAGCCAAAGAAUAAAAAAGAAAAAUGAAUUUCUGAAGCAGUGCGAAUUUAACAGCGAUGGAAGUUGCUACUACACCAUCUCGAACAGCAACCGUUUGAGACUUUUCGCCACGGACUUGUCAUUAUUAAAUGCGUUAAGUGGGAGCAGCGGUGAGAGUAGCGGUGACGGUAGCGGUGGAGAGGCGAAGAGAAAAUUAAGGGCACUACAUGAGCAGUACCAACAUAUGGACACUCAGGAGAAGGAGAAAAUGAACAACAGCUGGAUCUGCAUGCAGAUCGGGGAACAUAUUUAUGACUGCAAAUUUUACCCCUUCUUUGAUUGGAACAAUAGCAACACAUGUUUCUUCGCAGCGUGUUCCAAAGGCAACCCUGUAUCGCUUCACAGCGCGUACGAUGGGUCGUCGCUUAUGUCAUUCAAAACGUUAAAUCAGUGCCACGAGCUCUGUAGCUGCUAUUCGUUGUGUUUCCAUCCGGAGAGGAACUGGCUUCUGUGUGGAACGAAUGCUAAGUCUAUAGAGGUAUUCGAUUUGGGGAAACCGAAUGAAAUGUAUGAGAAUCGUAUCCUAAGCACAAGAAGAGGAAAAGGACAAAAGGGAAUCAUCUCUACCAUGACGUAUAAGAGGAAAGGUUACGGGCAGAAUAUGAUUUACGCCGUUGGCGAUUACAAUGAUUGCAUAUACCUCUAUGCAGACAACUGUGAUCAUAAAAAUGAUUUCAUCCUCAAAUUUGAAGUUAGUAAAAAAAACUCUAAUGGAAUAACCUGUAUAAAAUGGCUGGACGAAUUUUCCCUCCUAAGUGGAAGUCGCAAUGCUUCCUUUAUUUACCGUUAUGAUAUGAGAAAGGAUACAGAGUAUGUCCAGAAGUGGGAAAGGUUUGCCCUCACCAAUCAGAAGUACCUAUUUGAUAUGUAUCGAGAUAUCCUCCUCAUCAGUGGUGACACCUUCGGUUAUUUAAAUGUGUACCACCUGAAUGACAACAAGCUGCUUUACAGGGAACAGAUUAAUAAAUACUCUCCACUCAUUUCUGUCCAUGUCCAUCCUAUGUAUCCUCUACUUUUAACAGGAUCCGGCACGAGACGCUUUUACGAAAAUAGCAGCAAUGAGGUCGAUAUAAUGACGAGUGUGUUCAGUGGGGCGAUCGACACGUCGGACGAUAAUCUCCUGGACGGCGCGUCUUCUUCGAUUCCUUUUCCUACGGUGUCGCGGUAUAUAAACAGUGCCUGCACAGUCUGGUGCGAUUUUCCCUACUGA